AUGCCAAGACGCCAAAGCUCCGGCCAAGAUGAAGCGGCUUUUCGGAAACAGUUCCAAGAGGUGCGAGAGGCGCUGGCGCUGCUUGCGGCAGUGGCGCAUGCCGACUACGCCGCUUACGAGCACAUACUUACUGAACAUUGCGGGGUCAAACGAGGGAAGUAUGGAGAAGAACACCAUGAAAAGAAUAUUGCGGUGAAGUUCGUGCUGGAUCUGGAGGAAGACGGCCACGAAAUCCACUACGAUGGUGCUGAUGCUAUUGAGUACGACCUUGUCCACUUCUGUGGGACUCAUCAACGUCUACACCCCAGUGAGGAAUAUUUGACGGCGUUGAAGCAGAUAGCUGCUCUUAACGAAAACUUGGAAUUGGCAAAAGCUGGAGUGGACAUUAAAAUCCCAGUGAAGCUGGAUUUCUGUGCGAAAGCCACUGGUCCUAUACCUGUGGAGGAACGGAGACGGGAUUAUGCAAAAGCACUUCGAGAUGUUGCUAUGGCAGAGAAAGAGAUUGCUACGCAGUGGGAAGCGCACGGUUGCAGUACAGGAGAAACGGAUCUGGGCGCCGAAGAGCUUCGAUGCACUUUUGUAGUGGAACCCAUGUCAGCAGAAGCUGAUUUGAUGCUGUUAAAUCGAGAAGCUGCAGAGGUGCUGGAGUACGUGAUUACGGGUAAUGUGUGGUUCUCUUGUUUGGGCCUGUAUAUGGAUGUCCAACGCGAGAAUUUUUCAAGUGAGCUCGAAGCUAGAAAAACCCUUGGACAGCUGCUCAGGCGUCUAUUUGACAGCACUCAGCGACGUCAAGCUGACGCUCAUAUCGACUACUACUUCGAGAUUACAGAUACAACUACAUGCAAUCGAGAAUUGAUCCCAGCGCCUGGUGGUUCUUCCCAAAUAGCAGUCCUUAAGUUGGCGAUCGAACAGAGGAUGUCAGCGAAGGACUUCGAAGCAAUGUGUUCAGCGAUGGUGCUUGCCCAGACGACAAAAAAGCUAUCAGUCGAUUUUGUCAUGGACACGUUGGAUAGGGCCACACGCGAACGAAGGUGGCAGUGGUUGGCCUAUGGUCUGUUUUCCAGGAGGUUUCGAGUCUGCUCCUCAAUCGAGACUCUAAUUCUUUCGGGAAUAGAGCAAUGGGGUACCAUGGAAAUACGGGCAUUCACUUCAAUCUUGACGUCAAAGCACCCAGAAGAAACGCUUUUCGGUACCCCUCGCGGUCGACUUGAUGAGAGAGACGCGACGUUAAGACGUAAUGCACCGAUGAGAUGGGAAUUCGACAGAGAAGGUCAACCUAUCUUGGACUCGCCCCACAUUACGAUGGAGUGUGAAAUACCAUUCGUACGAACCUUUAGCGACGAUGGAGAGAGUGAAUGGGUGGAUGUCCUUGUUCCUGGCUUUGGUCGUUGUCAAGCCCAACGCGCAAACCUGGAUUUUCAGUGCGUCCCGGCACCGAAUACAAGUUCAAGUGGGAUUACAUCGCUCACAAUUGCUUUCGACUCAGAAAUGGCAGACUUGGAGGGUAUGAUUCCCUUCAUCGCAUCGAUUGGAGCCUCGUUGGAAAAGUUAGUACUUGAUGGUCCUCAAAGCGUCGAACCACGGUUUAUCGACGAGAACGCGAUUAUUCGAAGCUGCCCUAGUUUGCGGGAGUUAACAUUUGCUCGACAAUUGACUGAGGUACAGCUUGACUUCAGCGAAUAUCGCGCGACCAACACGCCGAUCCCCGAGCUCGCGUUUACGUGGGACGACGUCUUGGAGUUUUCAAAACAACUACGUGAUCCCGAAACUCCACUUACAAAAUGCGUGCGUUGUCUGCGGUUUUCUCUGCUCCCUGUAAACGAUCCCCCCAACGAAAACGCGCCAAGCUUUGAACUCGGCAUGGAUGCAGUGUUGAAAAUGCUGGAGGUGAAUGAAAGGCUGGAAUACCUGGAGGUGGAGGUGAAGGUCGAAUCACUCUUCCACAAACUCGUAAAAGACUUGAAAUCCUUUCACCUAAAACCGAUUCAUCGACAGCGCAAGCCGCUAACAAGGAAGUGUAUGCUUGCUUUCCUUAGUGUACUCGCAUCAAGAACGUCGUCAGCGGAGACAUUCAAGAAGAAAAAGGUAGAUGCGCCCGAAGUUUUCUUUGCGGAGAUUGAUCAUCAUGUGGUGGCGAAGAUUUUUUCUUUUGCGGCAUUUCCUGUUCUUCGAGAAGUUUUCUUACGGUACAGCGAACAACAAGCUCCGCACGUCUGGCCUUGGUGGAUGCUUCAAGGACAUGACGGACAGGCGGAUCAGUUUUAGAGGCUGCGCUCCGUGAACUAUGGCGGCUCUACUCUCCUUUCAAGUGAAGUGGUAAGGACCACGCGAGCCAAAUGUUCGUGUACGCCGUUGGAGAUGGCAGGGAUUUGGGGGGAUCUCGUCGAAUGCGGAUUCGAAUCUCCAGCAGCAGUAAAUGUAGCAGCGGCAAGCAGCUAUGCAAUGUGUUGCUGGUUGUCGCGCUUUAAGCCGUGACGAGGUACGAAGGAGUGUUUUUUUUUCAUUAGCUCUUGAAGGCUUCGUGUGUGCAGCGUCAAGACUAACCGGGCGAGUGCAAACUCAGUAUACUGUGCGUAUACUUACAAAUUCGUGUGCUUUUGCUGCAGUUGUCAACUGGGUGAAAUAGUCAAGUUUGAUUCCACCAGCCCGCAUAUAAGUGUCUAAAUCAGUCUGUCCAAAUUUACGUUUAAGCUUGAACGUAAAUAAAAGUUUAC